AUGACGAGGACCGGAGCCUUCGGUACAGAAGUGGCAGCCAUCCAAGUGAUCCUCCGGACAUGGCUUCAGCUCAUGCAGUCCGUCCUUGACCGGCUUGUGAACGUGCCACGGGAGCCAGUCCACGAGGCCGAGCAUCGCGCCUACGUCGCGGAGGCCAUGGACCACCACGUCUCCUACUUCUUUGCCAAGUCGAUUCUGGCGCUGCGCGACCCGGCCGUCGCGCUCUGUCCGCCCCGGUUGAGCCUGAUGGCCAAGGCGUUGCUGUGGUUGGGAGGCUGGCAGCCGACGGCGGCGUUGCGGCUGGUGCCCGCGGGGGCCCUGUCGGCGGAGCAGUCGUCGUCGUUGGAGGUGAUUCGUGCGGUGACGAGAGCGGCGGUGGCGGCCGUAGAGAAGGAGAUGAGGAGGGUGCAGAACGACGGGUUGGUGCGGUUAAUGAUGGCGGGGAGGACUGCGGUCUCGGCGGCCGCGGUGGCGGCCGCUGAGAAAGCAGCGAUUGGGAGGAUGGUGGCAAGACAGUGGACGGUGGCGGUCGUGGCUGAUUCCUUGAGAAUGGAAGUGCUGAGAAGGGUGGUAGCAGUGCUCAGCCCGCUACAAGCUGUGGACUUCUUGGCUGACGUAGUGAGGAUGGAGAUCUCAAUGCAUCAGAUGUAG